UCACCUACCGACGUGACAGCGCAGAGAGGAGUAGCAGCAGCCGCCGCCGCAGUCGAGACUUGAAGUGGGACGUGAACUGGGAGGAAAAUGGCGGCUCUCAGGGCGGUAGUGACGGCCGGGAGUGGGAGAACUCUCCUAAAUGCUGCAAAGUGUUCUCACACACGAAAGGCUCACAUGUCAUUUGCCAGCUUGCCGAAGGGAAAGAAGGUGGCUCUGACCACCCUUGGGGUUCUGACAACCGGAGGCGUUGGCCUGGCUCUGGCCCUCCAGCAGUCGGUGAAGGCCUCUGACCUGGAGCUGCACCCACCCAACUAUCCCUGGACCCAUAACGGCCUUGUGUCUUCCCUUGACCAUGCCAGUAUUCGACGUGGGUAUCAAGUGUAUAAGCAGGUGUGCUCGGCAUGUCACAGUAUGGAGUACCUCGCUUUCCGUAACCUGGUGGGAGUUUCUCAUACUGAGCCAGAAGCCAAAGUAUUAGCUGAAGAGAUCGAAGUGGUAGAUGGUCCUGAUGAUACUGGUGAGAUGUUCACACGACCUGGAAAGCUCUCUGACUAUUUCCCCAAGCCCUACAACAACCCCGAGGCUGCACGUGCCGCCAACAAUGGAGCCCUCCCGCCUGAUCUUAGCUACAUUGUCAAUGCCAGGCAUGGAGGAGAGGACUAUGUGUUCUCUCUGCUGACGGGCUACUGUGAGCCCCCAGCGGGAGUCGACGUCAGGGAGGGACUGUACUACAACCCAUACUUCCCUGGCCAGGCUAUUGGCAUGGCACCUCCAAUCUACAAUGAGGUGCUUGAGUAUGACGACGGAACCCCUGCGACCAUGAGCCAGGUGGCUAAAGAUGUGUGCACCUUCCUGCGCUGGGCAGCAGAGCCAGAGCAUGAUCAGCGUAAACGCAUGGGCCUGAAGCUGCUGAUGGGUUCUGCCAUUCUGAUCCCGCUGGUCUACUACAUGAAGAGGCACAGGUGGUCUGUCCUGAAGAGUAGGAAGAUUGCCUACCGACCUCCCAAAUAAGCCAGGACACAACUAUACUCAGUUGUGACCGACUCCUUAACUUUCUGCACAUUCAGUGAGCUGCGGUCGCCUUUAAUCACACCACAUGACCUUUCAAAGUGUGGGUUUCUCCAUCAGGAGAGGGGAAGAGAAAGGUGCAUGCAUAACAUCUGCCAUGUUUUUACUGUAAAGAAUAAAUUAUCUAAUGAGAUAUGUAUGUGUUGUCAUCUGGUAUGAACUGUUUGAGAGGCUUCUUGGCUGCUUCUGACAGUCUUCUGUUGUGAGCUGGUGUCAGAUGUGUAAAUAUUUAAUAAAACUCUGGUGUACCUCAUAAAA